AUGAAGCGCAGUCUGAACGGGGAACACAAACAACUACAAUCCAGUGCGGCUAGCGAUCAGGCUCUCGAGGAUGGGAAGCCAUUACUAUCAACGCUAGAUGCGCCUGUAUCGCCACCUAGAAGAAGAAGUCGGAACAAGAAAGUUUCGGAUGAUCAGCCUGCACCUUCAUUAUCGUCCGCGAAGGCAGAUAUAAAACUCCCCAGCUCUGAACCAAGCCUCGCAGCCAUCGAAGCUGGCGCAAUAGAGGUGACAGACCACCUCAAGAUCUUUUCCUCCAGACUUGCGAGGUGUGCUCGUCCGGUAUCACCCCAAGUGCCUCGGCUGCCGAUCAGAGACUGGGUGGACCUGUACGAACGAAACCUGCAUCCAAACGGCCGACACUUUGUGAUUCAUCAACACGAUCACCCGAUCGCAGGACCGCACUAUGACCUGCGACUGCAGUUUUCGGAGACGAGCUCUGUCAGCUGGUCGAUCAUGUACGGAUUACCCGGUGAUCCCAACAGUCGGCGGUUGAACCGGAAUGCGACUGAGACGCGGGUGCAUUGUUUUUGGAACCACCUAAUUGAGACAGCAUCCGCAAACACAGGUAGCAUGAUCAUCUGGGACACAGGGGAAUACGAGAUUCUUCCUUCCCAGUCCGAGCGGGAAAUGGUCGAAACAGACGAUUCCCGGUCAGAACUCUCUGACUCAUCACUUCAUUCCCCUGUAUAUAAGAAGACUGAGAGUGAGAAACUGCGCGAGGCUUUUCGCAACAAUAAAAUCCGCCUCCGACUUCAUGGAACGCGUCUUCCGGAGAACUAUACCAUCAUCCUCCGGCUAGACAAGAAUUUUGACUUUGCAAAGCCGUCUACACGCAUUCCUCGCAAGAGACGUAGACGGACUAUCCGUUCAUCAACAACCCGUCCGGAGCCUAGCACCUCCUCAGACUCCGACAUUUCAGACAGGGAACCUCAGGAUCAAUCUGCAGACGCAGACGCAGACACCAUGGCCUCCCAUUCCGAAUCAGAGAGCGCCAUAGACCAUCAGAUUCGGAUGAACAAUGCUUAUCCCGGUUCCACAAACACGAUCGGCUCCAUCCACCAGCGACGAUGGUUUGCCACGCUGGACCGCGUGAACUCUGGGUUUGUCCCUGAGCAUGAUAAAGCUAAAGCUGGGUCAGGAAAAAAGAGGUGGGUGCGCAAACGGAAUCUGCGGACUGGACAGGAACUAGGGUUCGAGCCGUUCUAUGUCCGCGGGCCUGAGGUUGAAAGGAGUGUGGUCACGGGGAGGCUGGGGAAGGAUGUAAUGGAGGAUGAAGGUGUGAAAGAUUUUGUGCCGAGACGGGGGUGGAGGGCCGUUGUCGAGUAG